AUGGUCGAAUGGCGACGCCGGAAGAUGUGCUCGAAGAUGUUUAAUGUCUUCAACUCGAUUCUGCCACCCUUCCUGGUGAAGCGCAUCCUUCGCAACCCUUCCCACGCCAUUGGCGAUCGGGUGGAUCGGGUCUCGAUCCUCUUCAUCUUGCUGUGCGACUUCGAGAAGUAUUCGAUGAGCAUGAGCCCGGUGAAGCUUUUUCGCUCUUUGAACGACACCUUCAUCGAGAUCGACGUGAUUUGCGCCACCCAUGGCGUGACCAAGAUCGAGACGGUUGGUGAAGAGUACGUGUGCGGCGUGGGUGUCUCCCCCACCGACCAGGAUGAGGAUCACAUGACGGGGCACAUGGGCUGUCUGAACCGGCUGCUGACGGUUGCAUGGGAGCUGAAGAACUUACCCAGGAGCACCGUGAAUUCUGAGGUGAAAAUGGGCAUCCACACAGGUCCCGUGGUGGCCGGGGUGGUUGGAAAGAGGCUGCCGCGCUUCCGGCUCUUUGGGGACACCAUGAACACCGCCGCGCGGAUGAUGCAGAAGGGGCUUCCAGGGGAGGUUCAAUUUGGGGACGAGACCAUGAAGUAUUUGCCGCCCUGGGCCACGGUGAAGCAGCGUGGCUUCGUCGAGAUGAAGGGCAAGGGCAACGUGAUGACUUACCUGCUGCGUGGUGAGCCGCCCGUGGAGAACGGCCUGGACUCCAUUCGCCAGACCAGCGAGCGGCUGAGCGUCCCGGCGGUGGGCGCCCUGGGGACGGAGGAGCGAGACUUGGAAGGCGUCUCGGAGCGGACGGACGGUCCGUCGCCCCCGCGCAGGGAGCAUCGCUACUUCACGGAUGCGGCGGUCCACUUUGAGCAUUCAGGACCUGACAGGUCGGAGCGCUCGGAUGGCCGUGCGCAGACGCAGCCCUCCCAUUCCAACGGGCGUGGCAACCGGAAACACUCCACGGGCAGCCCCAAUCGCCUGGCAGGUAUCGUGAAGGAGCUCUUGGGCAUGAACGGCGAGAACUCGGACACUGACUACGACGGGGAGGACAUCUUGGAGGUGGCUCGUGAAGUCACCAAGUCGCAGAGCAGCCAAAUCCUCUCAUGGUGGAGCACCGCUGGGACCCUGAAACGCUUCUUCCACUGGCUCACAGACCCGUACAGGUGGGCGGCGCCCCGGGGCUUUCCGCUCAACGAGGAAGACGCGUUCCUCUCCUAUUUCCACCAUGACUACAGCUGUGUCAGACUGCUGAAAGAGGUACGCAAGCAGGCGUUCUCUUCGCUGGUGGUGACCCUUCUCACAACAACCUACGCGGCCUCGAAGCUGAAUGGGCUUGAAAGCCCGCGGGCAUUCGGGUCUUCGAUGCUUCGGAUCAAGUGGUUUCUCAUCGUCCGGAUGCUCAUUUGGCUUCUGAUCCUGGCUUUCUGGCACGCCGUGGCCCGUGGCUACCUGCGGCAGGGCGACGUGCUCCGAAAUCAGGCAAUCCUGUCGACGGUGAAGCACACCCUGGGCCUCUUGAUCUUCGUGUCCUACGGCAUCUUGUUGAAGAUCAUGUUCAAGGAUAUGCCCGGCGAGAUGCAUCACGGCCGAUGGGCGGUCGAAUGCCCUCGCUUUUCCAUCCUGGGGAUCUCCGACAACAUCGUUCCGCUAGCGCUCUUCACCGAGUUCUGUUACUGGAUGACCAAAGCGCAGACCUUGUUCAUGCCUGCAGUGAUUGGCGUGGUGGUGACCGCCGUCGUACUGACCAUCCUGGGCUUUCAGAGCGAUGUGGAUACCGGUGGCCUGCUGAUUUUCUUGGUUGUCGUCAGCCUGUUCAACGCCUUUCGGAUCUUCUCGAUGGAGUAUGUCCUGCGCGAGAGGCACAUUGGGAUGCGCCGGGUGGAGAUGAUGCAAGAGAAGAUGGAGGACAUUUUGAAAACGUUGAUGCCUCCGCUGGUCAUCAAACAGAUCAAAAGCCAGGGCACCUUCGUGUCACACAACUACCGAUCCGCGACCAUUGCACAGAGCGACCUCGUGGGCUUCACAACCUUGGCCUCCUCCAGGGAACCCAUGGAGGUCGUGCGCAUCAUCAGCGAGCUCUUUGACAAAUUUGAUGACCUUGCAGAUCAGUAUAAGAUCUACAAGGUAGAGACCGUUGGAGAUGCUUACAUCGCGGGUCAGGCGGACAAUCCCCUCACCAGCUGCAACCAGCCUUUGCUGGUGGUGCUCUUCGGCCUUGGAAUGACCAUGGUGACACGUACCUGGUCCGCCCAGAAGGGAGAAAACAUCAGUUGCAGGGUGGGCGUUCACACUGGUGAAUGCGUGGGUGGCAUGGUGGGCGAGUCGAUGCAACGCUACCACCUCUUCGGCGAUUUGAUGCGCCGCCUCGAGAUCCUCGAAGCAACCGCUCCGACGGGACAGGUUCAAGUCAGCAGGGCUUGCAAGCUAGCGGUGGAGUCGCAGAUCCAACGUCACCCUCAAGAGGUGGCGGAUGUCAUGGAGCACGUGAUUUUCCAAAGCCGUGCAGAGGAGGUCCUCACCAGCUCCAAGGGUGAGGUCCACGACUACAGUGAGGUGGGUGGGCCGACUUACCUGGCCCGGCCCGCGCCCAAGACGCACACGCAGAAAAGGGGGGCGGCGGAGAAGCAGCGGAGCACAGCGGUGAGGGAGCGGUGA